AGGCUAGUUUCGCAGUUUUUUUUACUACUAAUUGCCAUUUUGCCACCACGCCGAAAGGCAUCUCAAAUCCUCGAGACAUCAUCCGUCCAUGGCGGCCGCCGUGCUGCGAGCGGUGUCGCCCUUCCUCCUCCCCCCUCGCCUUGUCCGCUUCUCUCGUUCUCGCUUCUUCAAUCCCCGUCUCCGCACUCACGUCCGACCAGUCUCCGCUUCCCCUCUCUCCUCUCUCCCGUCGCCCUCGGCCUCCUCAUCACCACUUUCCCCUCCUACCGCCGCCGAAACCGUAGCCCCUAAUCUCCCCUCUGGCCCGACCUCCGCUUCCCCGCUCCUAUGGGUCCCCAGAACGAGCUAUUGCGGCGAGUUAGGGCCGGAGGAUGUCGGUAAACGAGUCAGGCUCUGUGGCUGGGUCGCUCUCCACCGGAUUCACGGUGGCCUCACUUUUUUCAAUCUCAGAGACAGCUCCGGAAUCGUUCAGGUUACAACGCUUCCUAACGAGUAUACAGAAGCUUAUGCGACUGCGAACAAGCUGAGACUAGAGUACGUGGUUGCUGUAGAGGGGACAGUGCUGUCUAGGCCGCAGGAGUCUGUGAACGAGAAGAUGAAGACUGGGAAUAUAGAGGUUGCUGCAGAGCAUGUCAUUGUAUUAAAUCCUGUAAAUCGUGCAUUACCUUUUCCAGUUACCAUUGCAGGCAAUGUAAAGGAUAUCAUAACAGAAGAAAUCCGAUUAAGAUAUCGGUUCCUUGAUUUACGCCGUGCACAAAUGCAAUUCAAUUUGAGAUUGAGGCAUAAAGUUGUGAAGCUCAUCAGGAGGUUUCUGGAGGAUGAACAUGAUUUUGUGGAGAUUGAGACUCCAAUAUUAUCUCGGUCGACACCUGAAGGUGCACGUGAUUAUCUUGUGCCAUCACGUAUUCAGCCAGGAACAUUUUAUGCCUUACCUCAAAGCCCACAGUUGUUCAAGCAAAUGCUAAUGGUAUCUGGUUUCGAGAAAUAUUAUCAGAUUGCAAGGUGUUUUCGAGAUGAAGAUCUGAGAGCAGAUAGGCAACCUGAGUUCACGCAGCUUGAUAUGGAAUUGGCCUUUACAACUUUGGAGGACAUGCUGAGACUCAAUGAGAAGUUAAUUAGGCUUGUAUUUGAAAAGAUAGCAGGAAUUCAGCUUCCAAAUCCUUUCCCUAGACUUACCUAUGCUGAAGCAAUGAAACGUUAUGGAUCAGACAGGCCUGAUCUUCGUUUUAGUUUGGAACUAACAGAUGUUAGCUCAGUAUUUUUAGGAUGCAAUUUCAAGGUAUUUACAGAUGCUUUAGAAAACGGUGGCACGAUUAAAGCAUUAUGUGUACCUUCUGGUGCACAGAGGUUUUCAAAUACAGUACUGAAGAAGGGCAAUAUCUAUAGUGAAGCAGUCAAAGCUGGUGCAAAGGGUUUACCUUUUCUCAAAGUUUUGGAUAAUGGUGAACUUGAAGGAAUUUCUGCUUUAACAUCCAGUCUUGAACGUGAAAAUAGACUAAAGUUGUUGAGACUGUGCUCCGCAAAUACAGGCGACCUUAUUUUGUUUGCUUUGGGUCACCAUACAAUUGUCAACAGGAUACUCGACAGGCUCAGGUUAUAUGUGGCCCAUGAAAUGGGGUUAAUUAACCAAGCAUCACAUUCAAUCCUUUGGGUGACAGACUUUCCAAUGUUUGAGUGGAACGAUUCAGAACAAAGAUAUGAGGCUCUCCAUCAUCCUUUCACUGCUCCAAAUCCUACUGACAUGAAUGACCUCCCAUUGGCUCGUGCUUUGGCUUAUGAUAUGGUCUACAAUGGCAUUGAGAUUGGUGGUGGGAGCUUGAGAAUUUACAAACGUGAAGUACAAGAAAAAAUCUUGGAAAUUGUUGGCAUUUCUCGCAAACAGGCAGAGGAAAAAUUUGGAUAUCUUUUGGAGUGUUUAGAUAUGGGUGCUCCUCCACACGGUGGAAUUGCUUACGGUUUGGAUCGCCUAGUAAUGCUUCUAGCUGGUUCAACUUCGAUACGGGAUGUCAUUGCAUUUCCGAAGACCACUACUGCACAAUGUGCUCUUACUAAAUCGCCAUCUCCAGUCGAUCCCCAUCAGCUGAGAGACCUCUCCUUAGCUACUAUCUAGAUUUCGUACAUUUUUUUUUGUAAACUAUGAACGAUCAUAUAUACAUGUGACUAACUUAUGAAUCAGAUAACAUCUGGAAGAAAAAUAAAAUUCAAGGAAUAAACAAAAUCUGUUUUUAGCAACUUUU